GUUUCUUUCAAAUAAAAAAGAGGUAGGUAAAAUAUAUUUCCAUAUUUGUCAUAACCUCAACGGAAAAGUAGCAUUUUAAUGACCAGUACCCACCCCACUUUCAAAUAUGUAAAAACAAAUACUAGGAGAGAGCAAAAAAAAAAAAAAAAUAAAUAAAAAAUGGCAAAGUGAAAAAGAGGCUCCUUUCCCCCCACUUUAAAAGGCUCCACUGACCCACUCACUCUCCCUACUUUCUCAUAUCCACCAUUCUUUCUUCUCCGAUUAACCGGUAAAAUAAUUUCUUCUCAAAUGGGUGAUUCUAUUUGCACUAGAAAACUGAUAGUACAAGUUUGCAAUGCCCGAAAUUUGAUGCCCAAAGAUGGACAAGGCACAGCCAGCGCCUUUGUCAUCGUCGAUUUCGACGGCCAACGUCGUCGCACCAAGACUAAGUUCAGAGAUCUCAAUCCCCAAUGGGACGAGCAUCUCGAGUUCUUGCUCCACGACCUUCACUCCAUGCCCUCUCAGACUCUUGAACUCAACAUUUACAACGACAAAAAAGCCGGUAAGAGGAGCAAUUUCCUCGGUAAAGUCAAAAUAUCUGCUACUACUUUCCUCAAACUUGGCUCCGAAAUUCCUCUUGUCUAUUAUCCCUUGGAAAAACGGAGCGUCUUUUCUCAAAUUAAAGGCGAGAUUGGGCUUAAGAUUUGGUACGUAGACGAAGAGGCUCCUCCUCCAACGGAGGAAAAGAAGGAGGAAGUUGCUGCGGCGGCGGCUGAAAAUCCUCCGCCGCCACAGGGAGAUGAAAAGCCACCCGAGGAGAAACCCGCGGCUGCUCCUCCUUCUGAUGAAAAGAAAGAGGAGUCGUCGGAGAAGAAGAAGGAAGAGGAGAAGAAACCCGACGAAAAGAAAGAAGAAAAGCCACCAGAGAAUCAGAAAAAAGACGAAGCACCAACACCAACACCAACACCACAACCAGAAGUACUGGAACAUCCUCCGAUAGCUCAACACAAACCGCCUAACAAAAAGCCGAUAACAAAUGAAAAUACAAGUGAACUCAAAGUCCUUCAUAAGAAUCUCUCCAGUAGUGUGGAUCGUCGAACAGGGGCGUUCGAUCUUGUCGAUCAAAUGCCAUUCCUCUACGUUCGAAUUGUGAAGGCGAAACGGGCCAAUCAAGAGCCUGAUUCCUCCGCUUACGCAAAGCUCGUGAUCGGAACUCACAGUAUAAAAACCAAAUCACUCGCGGAUAACAAAGAGUGGGAUCAAGUUUUCGCAUUCGACAAAGAGGGAUUAAACUCAACAUCCUUAGAAGUCUCUGUUUGGGUCGAAAAGAAGGUUGCCGAUGAUAAAACUGAUGAGAAUAGCAUUGGAACGGUGUCGUUCGAUUUGCAGGAAGUGCCAAAAAGAGUGCCGCCGGACAGUCCGUUAGCUCCUCAAUGGUACAGUUUAGAAGGUGUUACCGCUGAUCAGAAUAACCCGCCGGGAAAUGACGUCAUGCUGGCGGUGUGGCUCGGGACUCAGGCGGACGAAGCAUUUAACGAGGCAUGGCAAUCGGACUCCGGCGGAUUGAUACCGGAAACCCGAGCCAAAGUCUAC